AGCAAUAAGACAGAGAUGUAUCAGACACGAUGGCGCUUGGAUAUGUACGACCAUAAUUAAUAUGACCUAAGGAUGUCUGCUCGUAGGUCGAGAUGUUUGAACAGUGGCAGCUUUUGCGCAUGUCCCCCCGGCACGACCAGAGCGAGCAUUAUGUUACUGGAUCAGCUUUAAGAUCUGCCACCAGAUCCUUCUCUUCCACUUGUAUAUAAGUUGCUGCCUUCGGAUCUAUUGAUUUCAGAACUCACUGAGAGCUUAAAGGUCUGAGGGCAAGGAAAAGGCCAAAAGAGGGUGGGAGAGUACUGAGCUAUGGGCGAGGGAGAGCGGGCGGCGGAGUCGGGCGGGUUUAGCGCGACGAGGGCCGGCGCCAAGUGCGGCCGCUGGAACCCGACGGCCGAGCAAGUGAAGGUGCUGACGGAUCUGUUCCGGUCCGGGCUCCGGACGCCGAGCACCGACCAGAUCCAGAUGAUCUCCGCCCAUCUCAGCGCCUUCGGCAAGAUCGAGAGCAAGAACGUGUUCUACUGGUUCCAGAACCACAAGGCCCGCGAGCGCCACCACAAGAAGCGCCGCCGUGGCCCCCGAGACGAAGAAGACGACGACGGAGACCACCAGAAAGCAAGAAGCAGAUGCUUAGCCAGCUGUACGAAGGGGAAGCAGGACUUGUUCUGGCAGCGGCAGGAGAGAGAGACCGAGACGCUGGAGCUGUUCCCUCUGAAGUCUUGCAGCUCUGACGAGGAGAAGGUGAUGUCGAUGAGGAGCGAGCUGUGGGGAAGACCAUUCUUGGACGCCGCAAGAGACCCGCCGUUGGAUCUGCGCUUGAGCUUUAUAUAGAGUAGGUCAGAGUGAGUGACCCAUGCUUUGGCCUGCAGGGAAGAAGGCUUCGACUGUACUCAAAGUCAUAGCUUCUGUGUGUACCCACGGAUGAACUUGAGUGCAUGCCGAGGAGGAAGAAGAGAUAAAGAACUGCAUUCGGUUUCAAAUUUCUACUGAACUCUUUCUUUUGUUUUCUGGGAUCCAAGUACAAAUCACUGUGACGACACAUGGUUCCGACUGUACCCUGGACGACAGGGAUCUUGAGAUUUCGUGUGCUUCUGCAUGUGGAUUUGACUGCAUGCUCCGCGGUUCUUUUGCUCGUCGGGAAGUCCGCCUGCUGCUCCAUAGAAAUCACCACCAGCAUAGCUUUG